CAUGAGGACUUUUUGCAUGAAUGAGUUUGAAAAAAGCGAACGAAUGACAUCUUGAGACAAAAGCACUACUUUUUUGAACGAUAUUUUCGGCCAAUAGUUAGAAUUUCAUGGAAAUAAAAUCUCCCAAAACAUCACAUACGCUAUCAUACUGAACGGUUCAGUCACUAACCGUUCAUCUAAGUGAAUCAGUUCUUUUAAACCAUUCUUUCGCUCUUUCGUUCAGCGGUAUCAAGAACAAUAAAGAAUGUUAGCUAGAACCCAAAAAUUAAUAGACAGCUUUUCAUUGAUAUCGUUGGAUUGGAUAAGAGAUUUUUUGUUUCGUGCGGGAUUUAUUUUUUUUUGUAAUUUGGUGGGGAAAGAUAAGGUGCUUCUUCUUUAAAAGUCGCAAACUGUAUAUGAAAACAUUUUUAUCAGCCGACAAUAGUAUAUGUAAUAAUUUGAUGCGCACAAAAUAUGUGCAAUUUUUCAUAUUUCCUGUUAGGACAAAACACAGGUUCCUUGUAAGAUUCUGUUUCAUAACGGUUCAUUCAGAGAACAAAUCCAGCAGCGUUUUUUUUUCAAUUCCCACUAACAAUCAAUCAUACAAACAAUCAUGAUAACACGUACACGCAAUAGGCCAAACAAUGGAUUGGAAGCGGCGAAAAAAUAAUUUCUCAACUUGCCUUCACUAGAUGAUUUUAUGUUUACCUAAUACAUGAAUCGGCACAGGUUCCCCCUGAUUUUUUUUUCUGAUAAUCAGGAAGUAUAUGAGUGUUACAUGAAAUUAAAAAAAAAACAUAAAAUUGGAAAUAAAAAAAAAUUUUGCCUUUAAAACUACGAAAAUGUAAUUUAAUUUUUGACCCAAAUUUGAGUAUACAUUAACUAAAUAAACCCUGCGUUACAUGCGUUUUGCUCGUAAAUGACAGUAUCGUUGUAUUCUUCUUAUAAACGUUCUUGUUAUAUUUAUCCCUUCCGUCCAGCGCAAAUCAGUUCAGCUGUACUCGUUCGUUCGCAAACAGUUCGCCCGCAAACACUUCGUUCUCAAAUAGUUCACUCGCAAACAGUUCGUUCUGAAUCAUUUCGUUCUCAAAAAGUUAUUUCAUAAACAGUUCGUUCAUAAACCGUUCCCUCGCAAUCAGUUCGCGGCGCAAACAACCGUUCUUUAAAAAAGAACGACCGUUCGUUCACUCUUUUUUGCGAACUAGUUCUUUCGUACCGUUCGAGAACGGUUUGCCCAUCUCUAGUUUGGACCUAACCCAUUUCAAAAACGAAUUCGUUAUUUGUAUGAAACUACCGAAGGGCGAAAUUGUCAAAAUUCAAAAGUCUUCUACUGGAGAUUUCGCAUCCGUUGAAAUUGAUACAUCGCGCACCAUUCGCUCUAUAACCAUUUUCCCGACCACUUUGUUUUGGGUUUUGUGAAGUAUGUAUAGUAAAACGCAGUCGCUUUAUAGCCCACAAAUGGAAGUCUUUGAAUUUGACAAAACUAAAUGUGAACGGCUUUUGGAGAUUUCUAGCGUUCUUCGUUCCGACGAGCUGCAGAUACCGACCUCGUCCGUACGCAACGAGUGGGCCAACUUCAUCGAAGAGACAAUCGAGCCCACGGGUUGGCAAGCAGUGUGGCGAAUUUCUAGAGCCGUAUGUGAAGAUUUGUCAGUCCAAUUUCCUACCGCUCCGCACGGAACAGUCGAGCAGGUGUUAUUCGACGAAUUGAAGGCUAUUUUUGUGAUAGAUUUUACCCAGGAUGAGGAAUUGCAAUUAUCGGAGAAACAAAUAGUUUCGCUGGAAGAACUGUGGCCUACGAGAGAACAAGAAAAUGACGCACUUAACGUUGACCAAACGGCGAAUUGUAUCGAUCAGCUGAGGUUCUUUUAUCAGCAUGUUUGGAUGCCUUGGGAUAACGAUGUUGAUGAUACGGACAUCCUUUCGCUGCAGAAACACAUUGAUGCUAGAGUUCAACUUCAUUUUGAUAUUGAAAGUGGAACCAUUUCAAACAGACUAUCAUCGCAUGUAUUGUCAUUAAUGGCCGAAGCGAACUACAUUCACAAGAAGAAAGAGCUGCUCGAACUAGGCAUUGAAGCGCAUGAAGAUGAGGAGAUAUUUGCUGCAGAAGAUGCUGAAAUAGUGAAUAAAUUGAUGCAACUUCAUCUACGAAUGAACACAAUUAAGAAUGAAAUAGAAGUAUUGGAAAACCCGGCGAUGCACAAGUUAUACGAAAAGGUUCACUUUACGUCUGAAGAAAAAGGAAACGUUGAUAGCGUCUAUAGCGAUCGAUCGGUUGCAGAAGCGUUUAUUGUGACCCACAUCGGAACGCUGGAACAGCAGCUCCGGUAUUUGAGCGAGGCAAAAGCAAUGAUUGGUCGGGACAAGAUCGUUCACAUCUGUGACUCCCUCCAAGGAGUUCUGAACCGAUGCAAACAUUCAGUUCAACUUUACCUGCCUCCCGGCAAGCACACGAUCAAGUUUUUGGAGUAUCUCAACAGUGGAGGUGCAAUGGUGGGUGUUAGUUCAGGUCGGUUCGUACAGGCCCCUGAGAAACAAAUGUUUGUGAUGGAGGAAAAAGUUAUAGUUGGUUCAAAGGACGACGAUAGCAUCCUGCUAACCGUGGAUGGAGAUUAUUGUUUCGAAAAUAUUACGCUGGAAUGCGCUAACGUCCGGACUGGGGUAUUGAUCAAAGGUGGUAAUGUCACAUUCCGGAAUUGUUUUCUCAAUGGGGACCCAAAAUCUUCUACAAAACAAGGCGUUGUUGUGUUCGGUAAUUCAACAAUUUGUUUUGAGAAUUGCGUUAUAAAAGGCUUCUCAACUGGGAUUUAUACCAAUCAACAUAGUGAGAUUCAUCUCUUACACAGUACCAUAGAAGACUGUAUCAACGGCGUCAAUGUGCUGCAAGGAUGUCAGAUCAACUUUGAUUCAUCAAAAAUAGUAAACUGUAAGAGCUAUGGGGCAAUCCUAGAAGUCGACGAACCUGUGGAUGGGUUCCGCCUACUCUGCAACGAUUUCAAUAAAAUCAAUAGGCAAGAGUUCAAGUUCCGCGGAAAUUGCGAGUUCAACAACAACAGGAAAGCGGAUUUCAUCAUAUCUAAUGGAAACAAUGCUGAUUUCAAUAGCUCUUGCUACGUUGAUCAAACAGUCCCAGAAGGCUCGUGCCAGUUUGGCUCAAACAGUUGGAUAAAAGCAUAGAUCGAAAUACAUUGGACUAUCCCUUUGCAUUACCAGACAUCACAUUCGGAAGUAUCAGUUUCCUGGAAAUUUUAUCGCAGUGUAAAUUGUAUACACUAUCUGAUACUGUGCCUUACAAUCGGAAGCAUGUAAUUGUUGGAUUGGAAAUAGGUAAGUAAUUCAGAUCGUAUACCAGUUCAAUGCUUAAAUGCAAAUGUAAAUAAAUAUAUUUUAUGAGCCGCGUUGCAAUCGCAAUGUCGGGAUAGCAGUAAAAGCCAACACCUAUAGUGAUGUUACGUGUAAUGAAAAAAAAAACUACUUGAAAUGGUGAAUUUGAAACGAAAAUAUAUGAUAAUAUAGUACAAAACGUCAACACGUCAAAACGAUCAACUACUUUUACGAGAUCUUACGUAUUGUGUGCUAUAGUGUGAGAGCAACCCCGAAAUCCCUUUGGAAGUUUAUAAACGACCGGAAAAUUCUAAAAAACAGGAAGUGAGUUAUAUCUGUGGAAUAACCGCAAGGUUGACGUAGGACUAUCGUUGAUUUAGUGAUCAUUUGUUUGAAGUUGAAUCUGAAUCCAUUUUGAAUGAAUGAAUAAAUGAAUACUUGUGGGACUUCGAAAACAUGAGCGUUAUAUUGGAGGCACAAGGUUUUAUGCAUCCAAUAUUGGAUACGAAAAUAUUCUACUGAUGGGGAAGAAUAAUCUUCAGAAUCAUUCCUGCUAAUUGCACUUGAUUAAAAAAUCACAAAACAAAAUGUAUUUAGUCGCAUUAUUAUAUUUUAAUGUUUUUAAAAAAAUAAUGACAUUAAAAUUGACGUAGUCCUACGUCAAAAAUACCACUAAAUAGACGUUACCAAGAAGUGAGCGCCAGUACGUCACGUGUUUUCGUUGUUCUUUCAAAAUGUGUCAAGUAAUAACUCAUUAUAUUUGUCUGAAACCUACCCGAACAGCAUACCGCAUUAUUAUCUGUACGUGUCCCGAAUUAAUUUCUUGCUCCAUGAGGCUACAAUUCAUCGAUGAAUCAAAAGACCCCGGUCCUGUUCUACUGCCUCCGCACUUUUCCACGCUCUGCAAAUGUGCCUCAAUCACCCCAACUAAUUAGGCUGACCAAACAUACCGUUUUUAACGGGACAGUACCCGUUUUUGAUCUAUUUUGAUUGUCCCGUCUUUUUAUCAAUAUGUACCGUAUUUUGAGUAUGAAGUAUAGAAUAAAAAAAUAUUUAUUCCAAUGUCAUUAUUUUCAACACAUUUAUUGGAAUGAAUAUCAGAUUGGAAUUUAGAUUUAAAAUUAUACUCAGUGAUUUGAUAUUUGUGUAGAACAAUUGAAAAGUUUUUGUGAUUUCACCGGUGAAUAUUAUACAAAAUUGCCUGAGCAUAGUAUCACACGAUUCUUUUCGAGAGGCUUAGUGUUUUUGACGGAUUUCAAUCCUUUUUUUUCACAAGAUAAAUGUAUUGUUGUACUAUAUGAUCUAUUUGGAAACCCGUGGCUUUUUUUAGCAAGAAACCGGAUAGUUAUCUUUCGAAUAUUUAUUGAUGUUGUUGAGGGAGAAUGUUGCAGGAGUUGCUGUUAAUUUUUCAUUAAUUUAUUAGAAUUCUAAACAUAGAGAGGAUGAAGUUUUUUUUAUCAGUGAGUUGCAAACUAUUUUAAAAUACUAGUUAUAGCAAAUGAAUAUAGGAGACUAAAUUUCUUGAAACUGAAGACUUUUACGAUACUGCUAUUCAAGCUAUUUUAAGAAAAACACAGUAGAAUUAAUGGAUUUUUUUCAAGUCCAUUCCGGAAUGGUCUGAGUUUCCAAGUAGCAUUAGUGAAAAACUUCCUAUUCGUAUAGUUGAAAACAUUUCGUUUAAUGAGUGGAAACUGAUUGAAGGAAUUAAAAUUGAUUAGAUAAACAGGUGGAGCAAAGAUGCCGUACCAAUUAUGCGUCAUCAGGCGCAAAUAUUUUCAGAAAUGAAAAACAAGUUUCUAGAGUAAAAGGAAUUCGUGAAGCUGACUGAUUAUUUUUUGUGUCUACCUGGUGAUACCGCACCAGUCAAAAGAAUUUUUUCUACGAGGAACAAUAUGUGGACAACGAAAAAGUUACGAUUCAAAAUAGAAACCGUUAAAGCUAUGAUAAUUGUCAAACAAAAAAUGUAUCUGAAAUGUGACAAAUUUUAUGAUAAGAUUUCCAAAAAUCAUAAUCUCCCUUGUAAAGUCGCUUCGUAAUCGAAGGAAUCUUUGUUAUAGAGAACAAAACUAGUACAUCUAAGAAUGUUUAAUUGCUUGGUUUUAUUCUUGGUAUCAUUCACUCAAGAAAAUUCUUCAGAAAAUAUUUUAAUCAAUAUACAUAAAAAUGAAUCCCCGAAUGUGUUGCUUAUCGCUUAAAACUUGAGAGCAGAGAUGUAAUGUGAUGUCAAUGGUUUUUCCUGGAAUAACGUACUUCUAUACAUAACUAUAUAAAUGAAAAUGAAUCACCAAAUAAGUUCAGAACUCGCGAACGGUUUAUUCGAUUUAAGUUGUUUUAUUUUGUUGUGUUCGUCUCCACCCGUAUAUGCUAAGGCGAAAAGAUGUGUUGAAGGAGAAUGGAACAAUUCUGAAAAAAAUAAUUCUCGUAUAUUCUACAGUGAUGUUUUAGUUCAAUUGAAAUUCAUUUUUUCUGGCUUACGUGUUCCGUUUUCAAUCAUGAACUAUUUGGUCACCCUACAAUCAAUAAAUCUGGCUCCCUAAAUGAUGUAGAGAGAUAUCGAGGGAUCUCAAUUCACUACUACUUGCCGAAAAUAUUCGAGUGCAUGGUGCAUGAUGUAACUUAUCAGUCUACCAAAUGCACCAUCAUAGAUAUCUAUUCUUCUGGAUAA